ACCUGGAGUGUGCUGACGUGUCUUGAGAGGACAGCCAAAAAUUCUCAAGAUCGUUUUCAUCCAUUCGCAAAGCUCUGCCGUCGGAAAACGAGCCCGGACUUCGCUAAUUACGAGUGUGAAAGGAAGCCUCAUCCUGUGGCAGCGGGAGAAGAUGCUCUGGCCGUGAUGGGCGCUGUAAAAGAGAAAGCUUGACAGGCGUGCCGAGUGUAUCCUGCAGAUUCCCUAGAACUCGCCAUGGACCAAUCAGAUCUGCGCUUGGUGCGAUCGGCGUUUUCAUUGGCCGCUCGUUAGGAAAACAUUAGCUGACCAGAGGUGCCCAAGAGAUAUCGUAAUGCUUUAAGUUUAGAGAAAACUGUGACGGACUGGAACAAGGAAGUGCCUUUUAAAGGAUAGCAAACACCAUUUAAACGAGCAUCAAGAACGAAGAUCGAACCCGACUUUAGCGAAGUGGCGCCGCGACGUAAAUACCUGGUAGUCCUUGAGGUGAGCAACGGGACCGCAAGCUAAUGCUGAGCGUGACGUGACCCGAGCUCGUUCUGCCCGAACAGCCUUCAGACAUGUGCUAGAUCGUGAGCGAGACACGAAACAGAAGGGGAGAAAUAGAGACGUGCGUGUGUGUUGCUUUCAGCCAUCAUUUCGGGAACUCUUCGGGAACUGAAACCGUUACCAUCGUGUGCAGGAAAAUAACCGAGUUUACCCUUCCUGAAAUAACAUUUUCUAAUCAUAUCUCGCCACUCUUUCAGGCGGCAUUUACCUCCUUUGUCCUUGGUUGACCUCGAAACAUCAGUAGAAAGUUUUCUUAACCCAGUUCUCACGAUUCGAUUCCAAAACCAUUAAUCUACAAGAUCAAGAACACAGCCCUCAAAAGACCACGGAAACAUAUUGAAAAAAGUUCCGAACCAUAACCUACGAACUGUCUCCUCGUUUGUUUGAUAACCAAAGCAGAAAGCAAGCUCUCUAAAGCACAAGAAGCCCUCUGAGAUACCCGGUUUGACUGCCCUUUCUCAACUCUCCGGCCACAGUGCUUGGCCAUGUGUGUUGCUUGAAAGCUCUCUCUCGAAGAUGCUCAUUUUGACGAGGAUGCUGCGCAGGGUCCUUUUUGGGUCCCUUCCACCGAGGACUCGCCAGACCGUGAGGACGGCCGUGAUCGCCCUCGUGUCCGCCCUCGCCUUGGUGGCAAUUUUCCAUCUAGCCAAACUUGCUGAACAUCCUGUUGCUCAGAAGGAAUCAACUGCAACGUUGGAUGUAGGCAUACCUGAGUCACAAAUAGAAGUCGAGAAAGUAUAUAAGUCCAGAGCAGGGAAGGCCGUUAUAAAGCAAGGUGCUGGCGGGGAUGAGGGCGACAGCGAUGGAGUCGAGCGGCCCGCCGUCCCCGUGGCCCACAUGAACCUGGCCCACAGUCCGGUGCAGGACAUGCUGGCCCGGGCUCGCAACCGGGCCGGCGGCGCCAAACACCCUCUGCUGGGCAUCCCGAUGUCGCCCGAGAUCGAAGAAUGGGAGAUCAAGCGCCUGAACCGACUGGACAGGUCGCGCGCGCGCCCCGCCAACGCUACGGAAAUCAAGCGGACGCUGAGCCUUGUGCAGACGCGCGUCGACACCGACCGCAAGGCGCUGGUGAGCAAGGACCUCCGGAUGUGGGCCCCCGGCGAGGCGCCCCUGAGGAUCCUGCUGGUGACGACGUGGCGGUCCGGCUCCACCUUCCUGGGCCAGGUGCUGGCUCACCACCCCGCUGUCUUCCAGCACUACGAGCCCCUUAGUCCGCAGGGCAUCAAGCAGGUCCGGUCGGGGCGCGACGCCAUCCAAGCCCAGCAGCUGCUGCACCGCCUGCUCGACUGCCGCUUCGCGGGCAUGGACGACUACCUGAACUACACGCGCUCGCACCCUGAGGACAUGCUGGGCCACAACAAGAUCGUGUGGGAUUCCUGCCGCCACGGACCCAACACCAACGCCUGCUACAACGCUACCUUCCUGACGCAGGCGUGCCAGAUGUUCCCCAUCCAGCUGGUGAAGACCGUCCGCCUGCGGCUCAACCUCACGCAGCUCUUCCUGAACGACGAGAGGAUGAACCUGAAGGUGGUGUUCCUCGUUCGUGACCCUCGCGCGACCAUGAGCUCAAGGUACUCCUCGGUGUCCUGGUGCUCGGAUAAGCCGGACUGCUCCUCGCCCGAGGUCCUGUGCUCAGACUUGGAGGGCGACCUCAAGGUGGCCACAGCGCUGCGCCACCUUUACCCCGACAGCUUCACGAUGCUCAAGUACGAGGACCUGGCGGCGGAUCCCCAGGAAGAAAUCCACAAGCUGAUGGACUUCCUGGGGCUGGAAUUCUCGUCCGAGAUCGCUCAGUACGUCAAGGAAACCACGGAGAAGGACGACAACUCCCCCUGGAGCACCAAGCGCAAGUCGUCGGACCGGAUCUCCCUGUGGAAGAAGCAGCUGCCCCUGCAGGAGAUCCACAACAUCCAGAACGCCUGCGAGUCGGUGAUCAAGACCCUCGGCUACGAGAUGGCCGGACAGUGAUUGGCGCGAGAGACGGACACAGAGACAGAGGUCGACACCUGCCAAAAAUGAAACUCGAACCAGUCACAGGGAAUCUCAGGAUGGAGAGGCGGCCGCCGUCACCUCGUUAGCACCUCCUGACGAAGCAUUGUUCAUCCUGGGCAAUCUCAGCCUCACUCAGGGCACCUUAACCGCAACUUGACUCGUCCACGCAUGAUGAGGCAAGCUGGAUGGUUUGCCAAGCGGACUGUCAUGUGUUAUACUAUGGGAAAGUAAUUUUGUUAAAGUGAAUAUUUGCUCUCUUUUACCCUCGAUACUACAGCUGUGAAAAUAUGUCGAAAAUGUCAGUUUUCCACCUGAAAUGAAACACCUUUUGAGCUUGUACAACUUAUAUCCAGAUCUUGAUUAUUAUGCAGAAUAGGUAAAUUAACUGUACAUUUUCAUUUAUUUAGUAUGCAAAUCUUCUUUUCAAAAUGAUUCAUGGGAUUCAUUAGUGGAAAAAAUAUGUUAUAGGAAAGGACAGAAGCAAAAUGCGAUAUUUUUUACCUAAACUUAAAAUCGUCUCAAAAAUAAAGAAAAAUGAUUGAGUGAUGUUCCAGUAUCUUAGAGAUAGAUAUACAUACAAACAUACAUAACUACACACACACACACACACACACACACACACACACACACACACACACACACACACACACACACACACACACACACACACACACACACACACACACACAUACACACACACACACACACACACAUAUAUAUAUAUAUAUGUAUCAUAUAUAGGCAUGUAUGUAUGUAUAUAUUUACACACUUAGUAAUGUAUACAUCCUAAAGGGCAAGAUCCCCACAUCCGAAUCGAUUUUGUCAAGAUUGCUUUGACUAACAAGGAGCAGAGUUUCUGGUCUAAGUCUCCAGCAGAAGGUACUAGUCACAGGUCAACGUUGGGUUAACAUCGCUAGGAUUUCGCAAUCAUUAAUCAGCAACAAGGUUUAUCCAUUUACGGCACGACAGACUGUAGUGCAAAUAUUACUGUAAUGAAAAAAAUAGGCAUAGAUUUUUUUGUUUCUUUUUUUUUAGAUUUUCCCUUUUUCAGUGAGAAGAAAAUCUUUGGUAUAACACAUUCGUGAUAAGACUGAUAUCUAUGCUGUUUUUUUUUUAAGAAUGUUUAUCUCAAUUAAGUUUAACCUAUAAAUGUGAUAUACUGAAAAAAAUAAUCAACAUGUAUAGCUUUUAGGUUAGAUAUUUUUAGUACUAGUAUUAUGUCUGUCCAUUAUAAAUAAGAGAUUCCUUUCUGGUUUAAACUUUUGACAGAAAAUCUUUAGAAAAAGGACUAGGAAAUGUGUGUACUUCUGAUAAUGUAAACGCGUCUUAUAUAAAUUUUGUAUCAAAUAGUGAUAUGAAAAUAUGUAAUGUGCAUAGUAUGGUUGUGUGAAUCAUUAUGAUGAAAAUAUGGUGUAAUGGACUUUUUUUUGAAGAGGUUAUUUUAAUUUUAUAAAGUUGACAAUAUAAAUGAAUGUUUACUUUAUUUUCUAUCAAGCUGAUUUCUGUUAUGGUCCUGUUUCUGUCUAAGAGUGCAUGGCGUAUGUAAAUGUUGUAAAGUUAGCGUAAUAGACUGUGUAAAAGGACCAACUCUUUCCUGUUUGUAAUGCUGGAGAACUAUUUUUUGUACUUGUCAAGUUGAUUUUGUUGAUAGAAAUAAAAAUUGUGAAA